AUGAACAAAAAAGGAGCAGAUGCGAGCAGCACCUUCAUGGCUGUACUGAAGGAGCUUCAUGCUGAGAAGAGGCGGCUAAUGGUUCCAGAGAAAGCACAGGGGAAAGAGGAGGAAGACGAAGAUGACGACGACGACGAUGACGACGACGACGACGACGACGAUGAGGACGAGGAGGAAGAAGAAGAAGAUGAGGAGGUUGAAUCUUCUUGAAUGGAGCUGUGGUUGACGUUCGGGUGAUGCAGGUUGUUGAAUAUUUUGAUUUUUUGGUGUCAGGAAGAGGAAGAAGGAGCAGAAGAAGGGGAAGAAGAGGAAGGCGAGGAGGAUGGAGGAGAAGAAGAGUCAACUCAAGCUCCCAGCAACCAGACUGAAACAAACAACAUCUCGCCUGAGUCUCGGUGUCAGACUGACAAGAGCGAAAUCAGCUGCAGGGACGUGGGCAUGACUCGCCUGCCAAUCAUCCGCAACCCGGAGGCCACCAAGAUGGAUGUGGGAGAGAACAACAUCAGAGUCAUUCCUCCGGACAUUUUCUCGGGCCUGCCAAAACUGGAAGAGCUGGACUUGAGCAAAAACCAGCUGGACGAUGAUUCAUUCAGCCGAAACCCGCUGUCUAACUUGACCGCUGUGAAGAAGCUGAACUUAGACGGCAACCGGCUCACAAUGAUCCCGACGCUGCCGCCGUCGCUCGAAGAACUGAGCGUGAACAGCAACGAGCUCCACACCCUCGCACCUCACGGGUUCACAGGUUUGCUGAACCUCUUGAACCUGGAACUGGAAGGGAACGGUCUCCACGAGGGCGGCGUGUCGCCAAAAGCAUUCAAACCUCUCAAGAGGCUUCUUCGCCUCAAGCUGGAGAAAAACCGUUUCCGCGCUCUCCCCCAGGGUCUUCCCCGCUCUCUGCAGACAUUAAAAAUGGCUGAGAAUCUGAUUGAGCAGUUGACGGAAGAGGCACUGAGGGGCUGCAGUCAUUUGGAAACGCUUGACCUCGGUCAUAACCUCCUGCGUGAUGAAGGCCUUUCCCAACUUGUCUGGACACGCCUUAGAAGACUCGAAGCCCUGGAUCUCUCUUCAAACCAGCUGACAUCAGUGCCCGUGAAUCUGCCUCGCCGUCUCCUAAAACUGAACGUCCAACAAAACAACAUCAGCCGCAUCCCCGCUCUCAUCUUUCGCCACCUGCGGCCUGGCCUGCAGUCACUUCGUCUAUCCCACAACGCCUUGAGGAACGAGGGUAUUGAGCGGGGGUCUUUUGUCGGAACGUUCCGCUCGCUUGCUGAGCUCCUGUUGGACGACAACCAUCUGGGGGAGGUCCCUCGUUGGGUUCGACAGUUUAAGAACCUGCAAGUCCUGAGGCUGGACAACAACUACAUCAGGCUGCUGAGGCAGUGGGGUGUGUGUCAUCCCCGUAAUUCUGGCUCCGCCUUGGCUUCAGUCCACCUCGAAAAUAACCUGCUGGUGCCCGAGAAGAUUCCCUCAAAUGCCUUCAAUUGUCUUACGGACGCUCAGGGACUCGUUAUCUAUCCGCAACGGGAGGAUUUUCCAGAAAUCUAGACGUCAAUGUGAUCUCACCAGUAUUAAGGAUGAAACGUGCUAAGACUGAACAAUUUUCAACAACUUGACACACUCCGAAAACAAACUUGCUCUGGGUGGAAGCCAAUAUUUUGCCAUGAUAAUGUUGACAUAUUUUCAAAGCAGGUCAUGUCAAGAGGUCAACGUGUAUUCCAUAAUUGCCGUUUUUUUUACACCUCCCAAAUUGUUUAAUUGUUUGUCCUU